GGCUAUUACCAAAACCCUAAAAAUAAAAAUAUCCAUCCAAAUCACAACGAAACCACAUCAAAACACAAAAUUUGUAGGCUUUUCUAAGUAAAAACAGAAAAUCUAAAAUGAAAUAAACAUAAACUUGUUUCUAAUAUCUCUUUUUUUUUUACUACUGUAACUGCAAUAAUAAAGAGGAAAUGGAUGCAUUACCUGAUAUUUACCAAUCCAAAGAGUCUAUAGGUUAUAAAAAUGAACUGGAACUGGAAUAUUUUCAAGAAACAUUUUAUGAUGUUUGGGAAAAUUGUGUAAUAGAAUCAUAUAGUAGUUUAUACCAUUCUAUUCACAAGCCUUUUGUACUUAAUGUAAUAUUUGGCCUACUAGCAUCAUUUGGUCUUCCAGAAAUUUUAUUUCACUGGUUAACAGCAUUAUGUGGAGGUUAUAUGCUUGUUACAACAAUGCAGUCAACCACUGGCCUGAUAGUUAUAUUUAGCACCUUUAUUCUUGCCUAUGUGCCUUUAUUUUGUAUGAAAUAUGUACAAUCAGGGAUCCAUUCAGGAGAAAACUAUUCUAACCAACAAACAACGAACUCUUGUAGUGGUAUCAGUGCGACUCUAAUUUUAUAUGGAUUAAUAGCCAUGUCAGUUCUGUUUGAAUAUGUUUUAUUAGAUAAAGAAAUUUCAUUAGAAAUCCGAGGAGUAAUGAUGGUCUUUUCCAUGAAAUUCAUUUCAUUAGUCGCAGAUUUACCAGCACCAAAUUUGCCAAGUUUUCCGGAAUAUUUUGGAUAUGUGUUUUGUUCUGGAAAUAUAUUAUUUGGACCAUGGAUCAGUUUCGAACAAUACAUGUUACAAGUUAAUUUUCCUACCCAAAAGAAUCUCAACUGGAUUUUUGGAGUCAGCAAAGCACUCUCAAAAUCACUAAUUUUUUUGUCAAUAUCAAAUUGUUGGGCAAGCUUCUUUAUUGGUGAUAAUAGAAAUAGUUUAUUGACUGGAUAUAAAGAAGCCAUAUCAGUCAGAACUGGUCAUUACUUCAUAUGUUAUGUCUCUGAAGCCUUCAUGCUCGCAGCUGGUUGGAAAGAUGUAAGCCAUCAUUUUGAACAAGACUACUGGACAUUUUCAGUGACUAAUUUUAUGAAAAUUGAAUUUCCAACUUCCUUAGCUGCCGUGGUUGUUAACUGGAAUAAACCAAUGCACGAAUUUUUAAAAAAAUAUAUCUACAGAAAAUGGUUGCCAACUGGUAAAUUCCAAGCAGUUCUUCUUACUUUUGUGAUAUCAUCCCUUUUCCAUGGUUUUGAAAUAAAAGUGUCUACAGUAUUGAUAAGUCUAGGCGUAUUUUCAUAUCUACAAAUUUUAGUUAGGGAACAUAUAUCACAAGCGUUUAAUAUAUGUGUUAAAAUUCAUACUUGUAAAUCUUGUCAGCAUAAAAUAAAAAGGGACAGUAUUAUUUGUAAAUUAGCUUUAAUAGUAUUUUCUUUUUUUACAAUAUUGCAUCUUAUAUUUUUGGGUGUUCUUAUGGAUCAAUCCACAGAUGAAGUAGGUAUUUAUCAAAAAUGGUACAACUUGUAUUUUUUUAGUUUGUGGAUUAUGUUAUUAAAUUUGUUAGUUGUCAAGUGAAUUCAAGAUUCGGUUGUGCUUGAAAUUAAAUUAAUCCUGAUUUUUGAUUUGACGAAAAGCUUUAAAAAAUAUUUCUAUGCAUUUGAAAAAACUCAAAAUCGUCUAUGUACUUAUGUGAUAUUAGUCUCUGUUAUCAGUAUUAUUUUUUAUAAAUUUAUAUGUAACAAUUAAAUUACGGAAAUUUCCA